UGGUUUAUACUGGUUUACACUGGUUUGUUCUAGUUGUACUGGUUUAUACUGGUUUGAACUGGUCCAUACUGGUUUGAACUGGUCCAUACUGGUCCAUACUGGUUCAUACUGGUCCGUACUGGUUGCAGUGCGUGGUGGGCGUGGCCGGCGGCGCCACCAGGGCGGCCCUGGCCGUGCACCAGGCCCGGAGGGACAACAUGGCCGACGUGGCCGCCAAGGACAGCAGCCAGGAGACGCUGGUGAACGGGGCGGGGCUGCUGCUGUCGCUGUUGCUCCUCCCACUGCUGGACGGGCGGCCAUGGCUCACCUGGGCCGUGCUGCUGCUGCUCCUGGCCGCUCACCUGGGCUCCAACCUGGCCGCCCUGGGCUCGCUCACCCUCACCUCCCUGAACAGGCCCCGCCUCCGCCUCGCCAUUGGCUGGGCGCUGCGAGGGGGCGGGGCUAAAGGGGAAAGGGGCGUGGCUUGCCCAGGAGUGGGCGGGGUCGAGCUGGAGUUGCCCAGCCCCCAACAGGUGAACCCCAGGGAGCCGCUGCUGCCUGGUGAGGGCACCUGGGGGGCGGGGUCACCUGGGGGCGGGGUCACCUGGAG